AUGGAUCAGCACACCAGUAGCCAGACACCGCGUGAGCUCAGAAUCAAAUGGCCUAAGCUGGAUGUGACUGUCACAGUGACGAUGAAUGAUUUGAAUUCUAAAUUAGUGAACCUUCUAUGGGAUACCCUUCCGUAUCGCUCUCUCCAGACGCAUGCCCUUGUUACGGGUGAUCACCUUUAUCAUCUUGUUCCAUCGGAGUCUUUGCUCUACACGAACCCAGAAUACAAGAUCCCCGACCGCACACUUGAGCCUGACGGAACUGUCUUUCUUUCAAAGUUUCAGCAUCUGGCCAUAAAGUACGGUCGGGUGACUGAGCACCAGCCUGCAGCGCCUUGUGGAAAUGUGAUUCCCGAGGACCUGGAGAAACUGCGUUGGCUUGGAAACGAGGUUUGGAAAACUCAGCUUGAGUUGAAGCAACCCAUUGAAGUAAUACUUUGGGAUGCUUCAACCCCUGAGCCUGGCCCUGAAAGUCUUGCACUUCGUCUACAACGUACCGGUGUCACCAAAGAAGUGAAAGAGCUUGUUCAAGAGAUCCAUAACGAAACGGAUAAGUCUUGGUCAGAUGUUUCAGAAGAUAUCCGAAAAAUACAUAGCGGUCGAGCUCCUUCAAAUCCGGGAGCCAAGGACUCUUACUUUGCUGCUAUGCUUUUCUCGAACAGUGAGGUUCGCACAUUGGGUUAUUACCUCUUUGACAAUAUACUCGAAAUUGCUGCCUCAUAUCCUCAGUUCGAUCUCAAACAUCUGGUCAUUCUUUAUCGAAAGCUUGUCUCCACUCCCGCUGAGUUUCUGGGAUACGUGGGACAGGAAUACCUCCGCGACAGCCAUCGUAAAAUUGACGAACUUAUUACCCUCAACGUUGAAGGAAAUGACAAUCAAUCCGAUGGUCGUGAGGAUUUUCUCGCCAUGGUGAGUGUAUUAGCACAGUAUAUCAAUCUCCUGAAUGCCCAGAAUCUACUUAUGUACCCCUGGAAGCACACCGCCGAGUAUCCCAUCCCACGCAAUUGA